UGAGAUUCUGUUAUACAGAUCAUCUCAUCGUACUCCUCGUCUUCCUCGAAAUUCUCUGCCGCACCUCCUUCUGUUGCUGUUCAGGUUUUUCCCUUUACUUAAUUUGGAAAUAAAUGGAAAAGACAUAUGUGCCCCCUUAAAAAGUGACUGUUUACAGUCAGCGGCUGCCACUGACACAGAAAACUCAACCCCUAAGCCGAACUCUCUUCUUCCUCAUCUCUCAUCUCUCCAAGCGUCUUCUCUCUCUCUCUCUCUCUCUCUCUCUGUCCUCUCUUUCGGUCGGUAAUCAAGUAUCUCAGGUUGAAGAAAAUGGAUUGCGCAUUCUUGGGUAUAAAACCCAUUUUGUUCCAAGAAAGUUUUGCAGGAAAUGGGAAUGGAAAUGGUAGGGUGUCUCUGAUGGCGCGUUCUAAUUCUAAUACAAGGAGAAGACUUCCCAGCAACCUUCGCUACCCGCGGCGCACCAAACUUCCUCCGGAUUUUGGAAUCAACCACUUGUUGAAGAACACCACAGAACCAUCAUCUCAAACGGAAUUCAAGGAAGCAGAAGCAGAAGAAGAUGGCGAAGAUAUUGCUUGGGAGGCAGAUGAGAUUGAAGCUAUUUCAUCACUUUUCCAAGGGAGGAUACCCCAAAAGCCUGGAAAGUUGGAUAGACAAAGGCCUCUCCCCCUCCCACUUCCUUACAAGCUUCGACCUUUGGGACUUCCUAGGCCGAAGAAACAUGUCAAGAUGGCACCCAUUUAUGACCAAGUCUACAAGAAUCCCAAUGCGCUGGUUGGUUUAGCAAGGGAAAUUAGAAGCCUUGGGGUAGAUGAAGAUGUGGGACUAAUUCUCAACAAGUGGGUUCCCUUUCUUAGAAAAGGGUCUCUCUCCAUGACAAUUAGGGAAUUGGGUCACAUGGGUCUCCCUGACAGAGCUCUGCAGACCUUCUCUUGGGCUCAGAAACAGCCUCACCUCUUCCCGGAUGACCGGCUUUUGGCUUCCGCUGUUGAGGUCCUGGCAAGGAACCAUGAGCUUAAACUGCCAUUCAAUUUGGACAAAUUCACAAGUUUGGCAAGUCGUGGUGUGAUUGAGGCAAUGGCAAGAGGGUUCAUCAAAGGGGGAAGCUUGCAUCUUGCUUGGAAGCUUAUAUUCAUAGCUAAGAAUAGUGGAAGAAAGUUGGAUACGAGCGUAUAUGCCAAGCUAAUACUGGAACUUGGGAAGAACCCGGAUAAGCACAGGCUUAUAGGGACCUUACUGGACGAGCUUGGGAAAAGAGAAGACCUGAAUUUAACCCAGCAGGAUUGUACUGCUAUUAUGAAAGUGUGCAUUAGGCUUGGAAAAUUUGAAGUUGUGGAGAGUGUUUAUGACUGGUUUAGACAAUCUGGGCAUGAUCCAAGUGUUGUUAUGUACACAACUCUGAUUCAUAGCCGCUAUUCAGAGAAUAAAUACAGGGAGGCCUUGGCUGUGGUUUGGGAAAUGGAGGCUUCAAAUUGCCCCUUUGAUUUUCCAGCUUAUCGUGUGGCAGUAAAGCUUUUUGUUGCUCUGAAUGAUCUUCCAAGGGCUGUAAGAUAUAUUUCCAAGCUUAAGGAAGCAGGUUUCUCUCCGACAUAUGAUGUCUACCGGGACUUGAUUAAAAUGUACAUGGUUUCUGGGAGGCUGGCAAAGUGUAGGGAUGUAUGCAAGGAGGUAGAGAUAGCAGGAUUCAAGUUAGAUAAAGAAACAAUGUCACAGUUGUUGCAAUUAGAAAGUGAGAAAAGGUUAAGUUUUUAAAAUCCAAACUUCUCUGUUGUAAGCUGUAAUUACUAAUUACUAAUGCCCUCAUCUAGAAGUUCUUUCUGCCCAUCUUGUUUGGGUUAUUUUUGCAUAUGCACGCUUCUCUUAUCUUUAUGGUCAUCUUCACAUAAGUUUCACAAAGCCAUCGGGGGCAUCCUCAUUCUCAUUUUGUAUUCUUGAUGACUAAUGGAAGUGCAUAUGUACUGUAGAUAAA